AUGGCAAAACUGACUGAGGCUGCCGGCGAAACAUUUGAGAAUGUACCAAGUCCACUGUCUGAUGCUGGGAAGCAUGACAACUACUAUGUCAGACGACUUCGGACUAGCAUGGUGUCCUGCUUUGACGAUGUCCGUCGCAUGACGGACGAAAGCUCAGCAAGCAUUCAUCGGGAUCGCGAGGCGUUACGCCGAGGAUCUAUUCGCACAAAUCUACAACCACAGCUCCAAGACAACCAAUCCACAGCCUGCGGUGGAAACAACUUACGGAUUCCUUCCACUCGCCUCUUCAAACGAAAUGAAAGGUACUCCAAAAUCGAUCUGUUAAGGGACUCUUCGAGACCCAGUUUUUCUGCAUAUCAAACUCGCUGUUUGGUUGUCUGA